UUGACAGGCAACGUGGUUUUGUUUUGUUUACGUUUUCUAGCCGCGAAUCGGCCCGACCAUUCCUAACUUGCACCAUGUCUACGGAAGUUUUGCUAGAAUUUGAAGGAAAAAAGUUAACGCUACCCGCUCUACCAUCCAGUUACAUCGUCCUGGAAGAAAAUACAGACCAUGCCCCACUGCCGGUAGCUCACCUGCAGGCGCAUGUGACUCAACCAUUUGGAGCGAGCAAUGUUCUGGAAGCUUGUGUUUCUAAUCUCACGACCAUUGUUGAAGGUGAAGAUGUGAAAACUGUGCACGAUUUAACAUUAAGCUAUCCGCCUGACACAGGCCAUCGACAUUGGCCGGGUGACACGAUAGGAAUUUUAUCCUACAACACGGAUGCCGACGUCGAGUUCCUGCUUGCCCGGUUGAAUCUGCUGUCCAAAGGUGAUGUCGUUUGGAAAGUAGGUAUCGACAAAAAGACAACUAAAAAAGCUGCCAAGGUUCCGGCGUUUGUGCCUGCUGUAGUCAGUUAUCGACGGCUGAUAAAGGAGUGUUUGGAUCUGCAUGCAGUUCCCAAGAAGCUUCUGAUUCGUUCGCUAACACCAUUCACUACCGACGACGACGAUCGCCGCUUUCUGGAAAUUUUAUGCUCCAAAGAGGGAAACGCUGCAUACGAGCAGACCGUUCAGAAGGGAAAAGGAAUCAUCUCACUGCUUCAACUAGUGCCGUCCUGUCGUCCAACGGUCGCAUUGCUAAUAGAGCACCUUCCAAGGCUCAUGCCACGACCCUACUCGAUAGCCAAUGCUUACCGCGAGGGGGCCAGCCCAACAACUGUACGAUUUAUCUUCUCGCACAAUGCAGAAAAUCCCGGCAUUACCACCUCGCACCUAAGAGCGUUAGGUAAAGGAGCGACGGUACACUUCUACUUCCGCCAGAGCAGUGCCUUUGUCUACGAGCAGCGCGAUCUAAGGCGAAACAUUAUAAUGGUAGGAACCGGCACGGGAAUGUCACCGUAUCUGUCCUUCCUUCAGCUGCGUGCAGACGCCCGCGCCCGAGGCGAAACGCUUGGUCGAGCCGAAUUGAUCGUGGGAUUUCGCUAUCGAGACCGUGGCUACCUCUGCAAGGCUGAAGUGGAAGAGUAUCUGGAAACGGGCGCGCUGGACGCGUGCUACGAAGCUUUUUCACGCGAUCCCAACGCACGGCAUAAGUAUGUGCAAAGUCAGAUGAAGGAAAAUGGUACGAAAAUUGUUGAAAACAUCCACAAUCCACACGCGACGCUGUACGUGUGCGGCGAUUCGAAGGUUCUUUUGCCGCAGAUAACGGAAACCGUGAUCGACAUCCUUGCCGAAGCACCGGGAGCAGAGGACAGGGAUGCGAUCAAGACAUUGAUUGGCAGGCUAAAGAAGGAGGGUAAAUAUCGCGAAGAUGUUUGGCUGUGAAGGGAUAGCUUAAAGCGUAAUGGCCAAUAAAUUCAAGCUCCAACUGGAGCUUUAUUUUAUGAAAAGUGAAA